AUGAGUAGCUGUGUCUUCUUCCUUGAGCUUGAAGGAGUCACCACUAUUCACUCCAUUAGCUUCACAGAACUUUCUCCACUCUUUUCCCAAUCUCAUUCUUCAGCAGCAAGUGUGAGAGUUGGUGUCAAGAAUCUGUCUUGGCUUGUUGAAUAUGAGGAAGAAGAAGAAAAAGAAGCUCGGUUGUACAUGGAUGAACACAACUGGAGAACAGGUUUUGUACCUGAUUGCACAAGUUUGAAAGUCAUUAAAUCGUUGGCCAUUUUUCGAUUUUCGCGUCUGAGACCCGGUAGAGAUGGUGUCAUUGCAAAGGUGAAGGAGCUCUUGAAAGAUCAUCAUGAUCUGCUUCUUGGUUUCAAUGUCUUCCUUUCAGCUGAGGCUAAGAUAGAUUUUAUGAACAAGCUUAAGACAAGGUCUCGUACUCUUGAUACUCAUGUAGUGGGGUCAUUUAAAGCGAUAAUGAGAAUGUUUAAAGAGGGAAAGAUGUCGGUAAAAGAGGUGCACAAGGAGGUCACUGAUAUUCUCUAUUAUCAUGAAGAUUUGAUCAACGACUUUCUCAGAUUUUUCGAAAAGAAUGAUCCUAUAGCAUCAGCAUCACUACUACUAGAAUUGUAA